ACCCCCCUGUUACUGGGUGGGUUUUUCCUCUUUCUUUCCCUCGCAGAUGGUACCAACUGAAAAGUGUCCCGUUUUUUUUUGAUCCGGGUGUGGCAGUUAUCGCCACACCCCCUGCUAACCCGUUGAGCGAAUAGGGCUAGGGCGUUUUUUUUCUUGCUCCUUUCUCCGCCGGCAAUCAUCUACUGAGAUCUGACCUCCCUGGUGGAUGCCCAUGGGCAAUCAUGAGCCAUGCGCCCGGUCCUAGGCCGCGGGGGGAGGCUGACGAUGGGGUACAAAAGGGGACUGGGCAUCUCCCUCGAGACGGGCUUGAUGUUGGUCUCCUCACCACCCGUCGCUCGCUCUCCCUCACUCGCUCCCCCUCCCUUCCCACCUUCGAUAUCUUAGCCUCUCCCCGUUCUCGGGUCUUGUAGAGACAGAUUUUCGUUAGUGAAGCGUCCCCGCAACGUUCGGACGUGUUUGUGUCAACGAUCGAUCGCUUCCUUGGCGCACUCAACAACACCACAUCGUUACACUCAAGAUGAAGUACUCGGCCUUUACCGCCCUUCUCGGAGCCGCGUCCAUGACGCUGGCGCACCCUGCCGGUUCCCACACCCGGGAUCUGGCCCUUGAGCCCCGUGCCGAUGAGAGACAGACCGUCAACGUGCCUAGGCCCAAGAUCGGCAACGUCCCGUAUGGCUCCGUCAUCACCCGUUGCACGCAGUCCAACGUCAUUGCCCUCACCUUUGACGAUGGCCCGGGCCCCAAGACUAGCCAGCUCCUGGACCUCCUCAGGGAGUUCGGCGCCAAGGCCACCUUCUUCGUCACGGCCAACAACGUCAGCCCCAUCGAGUCUGAGCCCGGCUCGUCGCUGGUGCGCCGCACCCUGGCCGAGGGCCACCAGGUUGCCUCGCACACGUGGCGUCACGAGGACCUGUCGGCCGCCACCCGCGAGGAGCGCGCCAGGACGGUGCUCCUGACCGAGUCGGCCAUGGCCAACGUGGCCGGGAAGUUCCCGACCUACAUCCGCCCUCCCUUCGGCAACUGCGACGGCAACUGCCAGAACCACCUGGCCGAGCUCGGCUACCAUAUCAUCAACUGGUCCGUCGACACGGACGACUGGCGCCACCAGGACGACAUCGCCCAGGCCGAGGCCAAGUUCUCGGCCGGCGUCAACGGCAACCCGGGCCACAUCGUCCUGGCCCACGACAUCCACGCCGUCACCGUCGACCGCCUGGCCCGCUACAUGCUCGAGACCUCGAGGAACCGCGGCCUGCGCUUCGUCACCGUCGGCGAGUGCCUCGGCGACCCGGCCGAGAACUGGUACCGCGCCGCCGACGGCAACGGCGGCGGCAACGGCGGUGGUAACGGCGGCGGCAACGGCGGCGGCAUGACCCCCUCCACCGACGGCACGUGCGGCGGCACAGUCACCUGCGCCGGAACCCACUGGGGCACCUGCUGCUCCAAGUGGGGAUGGUGCGGCGUCACCGACGAGCACUGCCUGGCCUCGGCCGGCUGCCAGUCCGCCUUCGGCACCUGCCGCUAAACUCUUUUCUUUGUAACCUCGGGUCCAUCUUCUUUGGAAAUCUCAAUGAUACCAUGCCCAUUUCUUUGGGUAAGGGGGAGUUAAUCGGGUGGGCGGUAAAAAUCGAACAUCAGUAAUGUCUUUAGGGGCGGAACUUUGAUAGCAUCUACAUAGAGCUUGCAUUUAAUGACGCGCGUGUCUAUACCUCAACUUGGUCGUUCUUUUCCCGA